CCGUAUCCGAUCUAGAAGUUGUUGUUACUCAAUCGGGUGGUUCUUUUCCAUCUCUGGUUCCACUUCUCCCCCUCUUCUUUCUCUAUCUCUCUCGACCGGAGAUUGAGAGAAAAGGGCAAUCUCUUUUGAGAUCGGAGAAAAUUUUCAUCCUUUUUAUUGAAUUUUCUUAUUUGAUUCGUUCUUAUUGAUCUUCUUUUUCUUGUUCCGUGGAGAAAUUUGUGUUUUGCCGAGGCUAGGGUUUCGAUAUUCCGGUAAUUAGAGAUUGGAUCUGGGAGAGUUUCGGUGGGAACUAGGGUUUUGGCUUGUUGGUGACGGUGAGGGUAGGGGAAGCCAGGGUUUCGCGGAAAAGUUUGAUUUUUGAGGGUUCUGUUGGUUGCGAGACAGUGAAGGGGCUUUAAUUUGGUGGUGGGGUGGUGAGGAAGUGGAGAAUUCGUGCUGCCAAUGCGAUUUGUCGCUAUUUGGGUGGACUCUUCGGUGAUUUUUGAGAGGCCGAAAGGGUUGGGGCUCGAUGUCGUGGGCUGGACCGGAAGAUAUCUUUCUCUCUACCUCUCUUGCGAGUUAUCUUGACAAAAAGCUUCUCGUAUUACUUCGUGAUGGAAGAAAGCUUUUGGGAAUUCUUCGCUCUUUUGACCAAUUUGCAAAUGCUGUUCUUGAAGGUGCCUGUGAGAGAGUAAUUGUGGGAGAUCUAUAUUGUGAUAUUCCUUUAGGUCUUUAUGUCAUUCGUGGGGAGAAUGUUGUGUUAAUUGGAGAACUGGACUUGGAGAGGGAGGAGCUUCCUCCUCAUAUGAUUGGUGUUUCAGCUUCAGAGAUAAAAAGGGCUCAGAAAGCAGAAAGAGAUGCCACAGAUCUGAAGGGCUCUAUGAGAAAGAGAAUGGAGUUCCUGGAUCUUGAUUGAUAGCCAAGUUAUUUCAUCAUGCCUACACUCUACCAUUUUGGUGAGUUUGUGUCACCCGCAAAUUUUUGUCGCGGUUUGGUUCGGCGAUGCCUCAUAGGAGCUGCUUUUCGCCUCUUUUCUUGAAUUUGCUGCAAUAUUUUGCCAAAAUGGCUGUAGUAUUGUUCCUCGUAUUAUAACUUUAAUUAAAGCUGUAGAGUGGUGCGGAGUGAAUCGAUGCUUUUAUGAUGGUGUUUGCGAAGUGAUGUUUCUUUUGAUUGAAUGGAGACUGCCACGUUUCGACUUAGUGGUAGAUACAGAUAAAUUUACCUUGGAGGCUCUCACCCAGCCUAUAAUACGAUUCUUAUUUCUAA